CCAGGAUCUGGCAACGCGUUAAACUCUGGAAGUAUCAUCCCUAACUGGAAGCCAAACAAAACAAACGCCGCUGAAUUUUAAAACAUUUUUUACGAAAACAUCAACAGGAACCCUAAAAACAUGGCCGUUGGACUGGAUAGAGCAGAUAAAUCAAACUAUGCCCUACGUUUGAAGGAAAUGUUCAACAAAGAGAUACGCUUGCAGUGCCGUGAGACCAACAUCAGCAAAAUGAGUUCCAAAUUUCAUGACAAUCUGCUCACAGCAAUGGAAAAAGCGGACUGGCAGCAACGAGAGCUCGAGAGGAUCGAAAGACAGCUGGUUUUGAACCGCCAGGAGUUGGAGAAGCGACUGCUACUGGAGAAGGAGCUGACUCGGGAACUGGAGGCCACCAAACUACAAGAAGCAACAGUGCGGGAGCACAACAACGAGCUAAUGGAAUGCAUACACGCGCUGAAACGGGCCACUGGGACAAGUAUAAAUCACGAUGCGUUGCCGGCACGUGUGAAAGGUGUCACUGUACUGAGGAACACCGACGGCGACCAAUGGAUACCCUUUGACUUGGCAGUAACGGAUACAGAGGGAUUGAACUCUCUGUGCCAAAAACUUCAAAGCAACAACAUAGACGUAAACAAAUGGCGUCAACUUGUCUCGCUUGCCACGGAAAUGUCGAUGAAAUGGAAUUAUUCUACACCGAAUCGCAGGGACAACGCCAAGGUGGACAUCAUUGAGAUUGAUCUCACCUCGCCCACAAAUCAGAUCAUACUUUGAACAGUGGAAUACAACCCUCUUUGAACUCGCCACGCAACAUUUCAAAUUGAAAACCUAAUUACUUGAGCUUCAAAUAAUUAAAAGUUUCUAGAGUCAAUUAUAAAUAGAUUUUAAAUUAACAUAUAAAACAUUAAAUAAGUAAAAUAUGUAUAUUUUUUUAAAUAAUAUUGUGCUACCAAAAUAUAAAAAAAUGUUAUUGAACAAUA